AUGCCAACGACACCGCCUGCCGAGGAGCGAGAGCUGACGCCCGAUCUGCCAGAGCAAGGCGCAACAGAGCUGGCUGCCCAGGAACGCUCGGCGGAUGCGAGUCCCUCGCCUGCGGGCGAAGCAGCGGACGACUCUCGCGAGGAAGCGGAGGGGGACGAGAAGCAGCCCGACGCUGCAGAGUCGGCCGAGCAGGACGAGGAAUCUCGGAAGGACGCAUGGCAGGCAGUUUGGAGCGCCGAAGCGAAUGCUUGGUACUUUUGGAACGCCGAAACGAACGAGACGACCUGGCAGAACCCCCGAGACCACUCCGCCGCUUCUGCUGUCGCCUCAUCCUCCAACACCUCUCCUGCGCCCGCCGAGGCCGAUGCUACGAAUACAACAGCGGCUGAAGAACCCGACCGCUUACCAGGGAUCGACCCCGAACUCGCCUGGUUAGACCCUACGGCUGCACGGGCUUCGUCAAGCGGCGGACUCGCCCAAGCCGCGCGCUUCAACGCAAGAACAGGUCGUUUCAUGGCGGAUCCUGCGCUGAACCCCGACCGCAUCAGUGAUUAUCAGCGAGGGAGACGCCAGCAAGAGGCGUACUACGAUGUUGCCGGCUGGGAAGCCAGUCUCGCCUCUCGACCGCCGAAGCGGCAACACGAAGACGCGGAGGACGAGGACGGCAAGAAGAAGCGGCCGUCAGCGAAGCAAGUUGAGAAGUUUCGGCAGGCGAAAGAGGAAAAGAAGCGGAAGAAGCUUGCGUUGUGGCUAGGCUCAUAG